AUGCCGUCCUUUAAGUCUGUCCAAGUGCACACCAAGUCCAAGGACUUCCGUGCUGCCACCAAGAUCGUCGACGUCCCUGAAAUCCCCACCCCUUCAGCCAGCAACGUCGUUGUUAAGAACCAGUUUUUGGGUAUCAACGCCACGGAUAUCAACUUAACUGCCGGCGCCUACACGGGUGCACUGCCGCCUCCGUUCGGCUGCGGUCUCGAGGCUGCAGGCAUCGUGCACGCUAUUGGCGAUGGAGUCACCAACGUCAAAGUAGGUGACGCCGUGGCGUAUCAGAAGUUCGGAGCUUUCGCCGAGUACGUGGAAGUGCCCUCGGCUAACCUCAUCAAGACACCGAAACUGUCCCCCGCUGUAGUGACCAUGACGGUGGGCGGCAUCUCGGCGUCUAUCGCCUUGGAGCAGAUCGGAGAGAUGAAAACGAAUGAGACGGUGUUUGUAUCGGCUGCUGCUGGAGGCACCGGGCAGUACGUCGUGCAGUUGGCCAAACUCGCGGGUAACCACGUGAUCGGCACGUGCAGCUCGGACGAGAAGGCGGGUCACCUGAAGAAAUUGGGCUGUGACCGUGUCAUUAACUACACGAAGGAAGACGUGGGUGCAGUGCUUAAGAAGGAGUAUCCGAAGGGCAUCGACCUCGUGUUUGAGACCGUCGGUGGCGAUAUGUUCAAGGCUGUGACCGACAACUUGGCGGUGCACGCAAGAGUGAUUGUGUUUGGCUACAUCUCGGGCUACCACGGCGACAAGUCGGCCGAGCCGAUGCUGGUGAAUCAGCUGAACCCGAAGCUGCUCAUGAAGUCGGCGAGUGUGCGUGGCUUCCUUCUGCACAACCACGACAAGUUCAUCCCGUCGCACAUCGAGCGGCUGCUCAAGCUGAUGGCAGAGGGCAAGCUGAGCCCAGGAGUGGACUCGACCGAGUUCCGCGGUCUGGAGAGCAUCCCAGAGGCGAUUGACUACAUGUAUGCGCGCAAGAACAUCGGCAAGCUGGUCGUCAAGCUCGAGUAG